CGCCCCCAACUCACAACUCUGUUGAGUCCAGAAGCUCAGAAUCGGGGCGUUGGGCUUUGCCGGGUGCUUCAGAUCAAUGGAUGAGUUCCACCCGUUCAUCGAGGCGCUGCUGCCUCACGUCCGCGCCUUCUCCUACACCUGGUUCAACCUGCAGGCGCGGAAGCGCAAGUACUUCAAGAAGCACGAGAAGCGGAUGUCGAAGGACGAGGAGCGGGCGGUGAAGGACGAGCUGCUGGGUGAAAAGCCCGAGAUCAAGCAGAAGUGGGCAUCCCGGCUGCUGGCCAAGCUGCGCAAAGACAUCCGGCCCGAGUUCCGAGAGGACUUUGUGCUGACCAUCACAGGCAAGAAGCCCCCCUGCUGCGUGCUUUCCAACCCCGACCAGAAGGGCAAGAUCCGGCGGAUUGACUGCCUGCGCCAGGCCGACAAGGUGUGGCGGCUGGACCUGGUCAUGGUGAUUUUGUUUAAGGGGAUCCCCCUGGAAAGUACUGAUGGGGAGCGGCUCUACAAGUCGCCCCAGUGCUCGAACCCCGGCCUGUGCGUCCAGCCACAUCACAUUGGAGUCACAAUCAAAGAACUGGAUCUUUAUCUGGCUUACUUUGUCCACACUCCCGAAUCCGGACAAUCAGAUAGUUCAAACCAGCAAGGAGAUGCGGACAUCAAACCACUGCCCAACGGGCACUUAAGUUUCCAGGACUGUUUUGUGACUUCCGGAGUCUGGAAUGUGACGGAGCUGGUGAGAGUAUCACAGACACCUGUUGCAACAGCAUCAGGGCCUAACUUCUCACUGGCAGACCUGGAGAGUCCCAGCUACUACAACAUAAACCAGGUGACCUUGGGGCGGCGGUCCAUCACCUCCCCUCCUUCCACCAGCACCACCAAGCGCCCCAAGUCCAUCGAUGACAGCGAGAUGGAGAGCCCUGUUGACGACGUCUUCUAUCCUGGGACAGGCCGCUCUCCAGCAGCUGGCAGCAGCCAGUCCAGUGGAUGGCCCAAUGAUGUGGAUGCAGGCCCGGCUUCUCUAAAGAAGUCAGGAAAGCUGGACUUCUGCAGCGCCCUCUCCUCUCAGGGCAGCUCCCCGCGCAUGGCUUUCACUCACCACCCACUGCCUGUGCUUGCUGGAGUCAGACCAGGGAGUCCCCGGGCCACAGCGUCGGCACUGCACUUCCCCUCCACGUCCAUCAUCCAGCAGUCGAGCCCGUAUUUCACACACCCGACCAUCCGCUACCACCACCACCAUGGGCAAGACUCGCUUAAGGAAUUCGUGCAGUUUGUGUGCUCCGAUGGCUCGGGCCAGGCCACUGGACAGCCCAACGGUAGCGGCCAGGGCAAAGUCCCGGGGUCAUUUUUGCUACCGCCGCCGCCUCCAGUGGCCAGACCUGUGCCCCUUCCUAUGCCUGAUUCCAAAUCCACCAGCACUGCCCCAGACGGCGCCGCCUUGACUCCUCCAUCACCUUCAUUCGCAACGACAGGCGCCUCCCCUGCCAACCGGUUUGUCAGCAUCGGACCCCGGGACAGCAACUUUCUGAACAUCCCACAGCAGUCUCAGUCCUGGUUCCUCUGAUAAGAUCGACAAAAGAAAUGACAAAAUGAAAAGAAGAGGUUCCUCAAAAGGGGGGAGAAGAAAUUUUGGAACAUGGAAAAAUCCCCCUGCCCAGCCCAGCCCCACCGAAAAGCAAAAAUUAGACGUCGUCAGCCACUCAACCCUUCUCUCCUCCAGCCCGGGGACCCCCGCAGGCCCCCAGAAGCAGCCCAGUUCUCAGAGAGCCCUCAGAAGAGGUCUCAGAGGAGCUGAGCACCAGCAGCCAAGCAGAAAGCAACAUGCAAAGCAGACUCUGUCAAGUACAGGACAGCAAGCAAGAAAGUAUGCAGGGGAACUGCCUGCCUCCCUGUCCUGUCUGGUCCAGGCCUCCUGGGGAAGGAACAAAAUCCCCAAACAACCAGCACCAUUUUGAAAGGGCCUGGGCCCUACCCUCACCCUUGGGAAACCCCACCCUUGACUUUUGCUGGAGCUUCAGUAGGUAGCUUGGAGGACCAGCUUGUAAGGAUGUUGGGGUGUAGUUCCCAAGGGCUUCCCAACAGCGCCCCCUCCAGGGUGUGACCCAUCCCUCCCCCUCACUGCCUUCAGCUCUGGCUUCUUCCCCUGUUGCUUGGGACCAGGGGAGGUAGGUGACCUCCAAGACCCCUGCCCCACUUGAGUUAGAACACCUCCCCCCCGGGGUGGGCAGGGAGCUAAUUCUGUGUUCCUGGAAUGGAGGGUAUUCUGCCAUCCCACCCUGAGUCUCGGGGGCAGUUCUGGGCCCCAGAUCCCUAUGUACAGUCCAUAGGAAAAAGUGGGAAUGCUCUCGACGGCACCGUCUCAGCCAGGGACAGGCCCCCUCUUCCUUCUCUCUGUAGGCUGGGAGGGUCACUCUUCUGCCAGGCUAGUGAGGGGAGGCAGCCCCCAGGUUGCCCCCACACCCCAGCCCCGCAUGCAGGUAUUCUCGCUCUGCCCGCCCCAUCGGUCCUUGUCCCUGCCCCUCACGCAGUCAGCCCUGCUGUGGCCGGGCCAGAUAAUGGAGCAGAAAGGGGACCCCACAGCCAUGCGAGGAGGACCAGGCAGCUGCCGCUGCUGUGGCUAAGCUGCCACCUGCGCUAGGUAGGCGUCCUGCUUGCCAACUUACAGUUCCUUUGGAGGGUGUUGGGUGUCGUCCGUCAUUUUUCAAAAGUGUUUUGGAGCUUUCCCGGUCCCCCUUCCACUUCCCCCAUCCUGCCCCUGUGGCCACCUCUUUCUGGAUUUUAGCUGUAAAGUCUUUACUCUUUAUUUAGGGGUAGGGCAUUCAUUGUUUGGGUCUUUUGCUGUUGCAAUUGGGAAUUCCUCCCCCAUUUGAGCAACUUGGGAACAAUUUGGUAACACGCCACAGGAAGUAGCUCUCCCCACCCCUGCUGCCCCCUCCUUCCCCAAGGGAUGGUUGGGGGCCUGACCAGAGGGUCUUCAGAAGCCCCCCCUGGAGGGAGGGGAGCAUGAGCACGCCCAGUCCCCCCUCCAGGGUGUGGCCUGGCCCCUCUGGCUUGUCUUUCUGUGCCUUACUCCCUCCUCCCUGCAUCUGCCCUUCUUGGUCCCCUUCUGAGUCCUUGUGCCUCUCUCUCUCUUUCUCUUUCUUAACUGUAGGAAAACACAAAGCACAGGUCAGGAUCCUCUGAAAGUCAAUCAACCCAACAUUGCACCGUAGGGGUGGGUUAUGGGCUUUAUUUAUAUUGUGAGUCUAGUUUGUAAGGCUGUGGCCCCGAGCAGGCCGGGAGGGAAGGAGGAGAGGGGGCCCUCUGGGGAAGGGAGGCGAGCCCUUACCUGGGGCGGCUGGGGCCCGCAAUUGGCGCCACCUCCCCAGCUGGAAGUCACGAAGCGGUAGUCCCCGGGGUGGCUUUUGUUGGAAGUUGAGUGGAGCCCCUCCCCCAUCCGCCUGCAGCCCGGAGAGGACCGGGACUGAGAAGUGGGGCGCUGGGGGUCCUGCGGGAGCCUGGAGGGUAG